AUGACCCGCUUCCGUUUCUACCGUCAAGGCUUGCCGUUCAACUCCGAUGAUAGCGCGGCCUGGGAGGACGUCAAGAUUCCCGGGGAGGGGGUGUUGACCGCGGUAGCCAGCAUCUUCCAGAACGCCAAUGUCCAGCAGCAGUAUAACUCGUACCGCGACGGCAGGCCGGACCUGGUCAAACUGGAAAAGAUCAGAGUGUCAAGCGAGUUGAUUGAGAACCCAGAUGCCCUCCUGGCCUGGCGGGUGUUCAAAGAGAUCUCAAAGACGUUCGUGCUCUACCCGAUGACAUUGACUUUCGCCAAGGUGCUGGGGUUUGGCGGACAGGGACUGGUGAUGAAAUAUGACCAGCUGGACGAUCGGAAGCGCGCCAUGAGAAGUGUCGCUGUCAAGAGAGGUAUCACGGAGGACGCAAAGGAAGAAAUCGAGGAUGAGCAAGAGAUGAUGAAGAACUUCGUAGGAGCCAGGCACAUCGUCCAGCUAGUCCUCCCACAGGCCGACCCCAACGCAAUGUCAUACCAGCCUGAUCCUGGCUCCCAAUCCACCCCAGGAGGCCCCAGUGGACGUAAACGCUCUCGAACCUCGAGCAGCGGUAGCGGAGGUCCUGCGGCGAAGAAAGUCAAAACUGAGGACGAGGAUAGACCUGGAGUCAUGGUCAUGGAAUGUCUCGAGAACGGCGAUUUGGCGAAUGUUAUAUGGCUCUUCGUAGAUAAGUGGGACCCCGAUGAGGCUCCCCUGCUUGGAGAGCAUACCAUUUCCCCACGCUUGAAGCUUGGCGAUUUUGGCCUGGCCAAGUUCAUCACCCCCGGCGAGAACACGGAUCAACAGUUCCAUCUGCAAUGGUACGAACAAUUUACCGUAGAGUGGGACGCCCUCGACCCCGAUACCGCGGUCAUGCCGAAGACGACGGCAGGAAACUACAGGGCGCACACUAACACCUGGGGCAUCGGCCUCGUGAUGGAGAUGCUGAUCACGAAGUGCUGGCCGGCACAGCCGCCCGUGGCCAAGAUCCUGAGCCACGGGGGCCGGGACUAUGCCACGUACGGCGCGCACCUGCUCGAGUACGACGACUUCGACUACGUCGACGAGAACCUGCGGCGCAUCAUCACGCUGUGUCUGGCGCACGACCCGACGCGGCGGCCGACGUUGGCGCAGCUGGCGGACGCGGCGUUGACACAUGGUGCGGCGAAGCCGUCGGAUCUGAUGACGGGUGAUCAGCUGAGGUUGUUGUUUGAGCCUUGA